GAGCCCCGGCGGGGCGGGAGCUGCUGCCCAUACUCAAGAUGGCGGUCCCGGCGGGCGGGGCCCACGGCUCGGAAGGCGCGCGGAGGAGCGGCGGAAUGGCGGCGGCGGCCGAGGAGCCGAGUCGGGGGUACUGGGACGAGGAGGAGGAGGCGGAGCAGUUGGUUCUGGUGGAAUUAUCAGGAAUUAUUGAUUCAGACUUUCUCUCAAAAUGUGAAAAUAAAUGCAAGAUUUUGGGAAUUGAUACUGAGAAGCCCAUUCUGCAAAUGGACAGCUAUGUCUUUGCUGGCAUCUUUAGACAGCUCGGAGGCCGCACGGAGAAGCGGCGG